GGAGCUUAGUGAGUGUGUGUCUGUGUCUGUUUAGGGGAGAGGUGCACGAUUUGGCAGCGCUGGGAUCUAGCCACUGGCCUGGUGCAGGAGCCGACAGCAGUGAGGGAGAAGACGGGGUUUAAAGUGAGCUCAGAGUUAUUACCGACACACAGCAAGCCGUGAUGUCGAUGACCAUCGAUCCUGAUUUAAAAACACGGGAGGAGAAGGAUGCGGAGCUGGACCGGAGAAUUGAAGCUCUGCGAAAGAAGAACCAGGCGCUGAUGAAGAGACAUCAGGAAAUUGAAGAAGAUCGGAAAAAGGCAGAAGAGGACGGGGUCUCUGUGACCAGUCGGAAACAGAAACACGAGGCAGAACAUGAGCGCAAGUGGGGGGGCAAGGAGAUUGUGAUGGACAUCGCUGACCUGAGUAAAUCACCAGCUGAGAAGCGGUCGGUGAGCAAUAGGAAGACGGCGAGCUCUUCCCGGGGAUCCCUGGAACCUCACGGGAGAAGGUCAUGGACGUCAGGCCCCAGGCAGGAGGCUGAGGACUGGGAUGGCCACCAGCGCUCCCCAGGGAGCAGAACGGACAGGAUGACGUGGGGGGAUCACCCGAACAGGAGCCCCCGCAACGUCAGCGGACACGUGAGCCCGGCUGGAGAGAGACUGAGCCGGGGAGAGCGGGGUGGCCGUGCCAGAAGAGGCCGAGCGGGAGGAGGUGGACCUGACGGAGGAGGCCGGGGAUUGGGUACUGCUUCACAGCAGGAGAGGCGAGUCAAGGAAUGGGAAGAAAAGCGAAGACAGAACAUUGAGAAAAUGAACGAAGAAAUGGAGAAGAUCGCCGAAUACGAAAGGAGCCAGAUGGACGGAUCUGGUGAGAAAAACCCGGUGCGGAACUUUCUGGAUGACCCGCGGCGUUUGGGAUCCCUCCCUGACUGUGACCGUAAAGAUGGCAGCCGGCGGCAUGUCCGGAAUUGGGGAGGUCCUGACUUUGACAAGGUGAAGACCGGAUUGGAUCGCGGGGACAAGGAAUGGCAGGGCAGACGGUCAGGCUCCAAGGGUUCUGUCGACAUGACUAUGUCGAUGACUGGUCGUGAGAGAGCGGAGUAUGUGCGCUGGAAGAAGGAGCGGGAGCAGAUUGACCAGGAAAGGCUUGAGCGUCAUCGGAAUGCCAUGGGACAGUGGAGACGUGAGUGGGAUGCAGAGAAGACUGAAUCCAUGUUCAAAGAUAACCCAGUUCCCACCGGGUGUGCUGACGGCUACAGUAAGCGAGAUGACCACCGUCCUCCAAAGCCGCCAACCAUUUCAGACUUCAUCCCUGCAUCCAGAAGUAAGGAUCCAAAGAAGGGGAGACCGAAGCAGGAAAAUAAAAUUUACAGCAUGCACGACAAUCGAUGGGAAACGUGUGAAGCCAAACAUGAGCAGAAGGAAAUAAGUGAACAGCAAAAGGAAAAGGAGUUGAAAGGGAAACCUGUUCAAGAUCAGAACGAGGGGAAGGUCAAUGUGGGCGAGCCUCCUGCAGAUGAGGCAGAUGAUGAAGAUGAAUGGGAAGACGCUAGUGACGAUGAGGAGGAAAUAGUGGGAGAGGAUGUAUCGGACAGUGAGGACGAACUGAAGGAAACCAAGGAUCUUGAGGAGGAGGAGGAGAAGAAAGAUGGUGCGGGAGUAAUGGAGGAUGUGGCAAAGGGAGCUGAGCUGGUGCAGUCCCCCUGCAGAAGCCCAGAGACCAGUGUUCAAGAACAACAAGCUAGGAAACCCAGAGAAACACCCAAACUUCACAUCCCUCCACAGGAUAUAGCCAUGCAACCGAAGGAGUCCGGAAGCAAGCCACUCAGUCCGUUCUCCCUAGAGGAGUAUCGUCCAGUGAAAGACUGGGCAGAGGAGAUGGAAACAACAUCACCAAGAGCCACUGUGCAGCUGAACCCCUUACAAACAGUGAAUGCAGCAAAGGAGGAGCAGAAAGUGGAGGUCAAGUCUGGGGACAGUCCCAAUGUUGGAGAGUCGGAUUUAGAAGCUGGGAAGGAGCAGGAAGCCAUGGCUGACCAGGCACCUCCACAAAAUGUCAGCGGAAGCUGUAAUCCUGCUGAUGAAAUCCUGAAAGAGCAGGCAGAACUGGAGAUUGACGAUGCUAAUAAGACCAGCGACACUGCCACCAUAGUGGUUACACAAGCAACAGCAGAGAAGCAGCGUAAUCAGCAGGAGGCCAACAAGACAACAGGAGAUGUUUCGGAACCCACGACAAGGACAAAACAGAGGACAGAUUGUGUGGAAGGAAAUGAGCCCAGCUCAGGUUGACCAGGACCACUGGAUUGGAGACUGUCCACUCGGUUAGAGAAAGUCGCAUCAAUCCACACGUGGGAAGAUAAUUGGUGUACCAAAAACUGCCAUUAAAUGAGUUCAGAACUAGCCAGAGCAGAAGUUGUGAAAAUCUGAUUGGUGUCGGAAAUUACUGGGCCUGGGGUUGAAGGGUCAGAUUAGAAUUCUUGAAAUGUCAUCGGGAAUGACUAUAAUCUUUACACGAAAAGGUUUUGAGAACUAUAAAUGUAUAUAUUCAAGUAGUUGCAAGUGAACUGGCGGCCUCCCCAACCAUAACAUUGAACAAACUGGGUUGAAAGGGUCCUGCCUUUCGGUUUGGGGAGAGAAACUAUUGGUUGAAUGUUAUUUUUGCAACACUAAAUAAUGCAUUACAUCUCUAUCAUUAUAAUAAACAUGUUCUGGACCAAA